AUGCGGCCGACGCGGGGCUCUAGCCGGCUAGUCGUCUCCCUACUAACACUGCUCGCGAUCGUUGUCGUUUGUGGCCAGAAUGCCGCUGCUGACGUGGAUGAGUUUGAUUGGUCGAGAACGAGUCAGUCUCUGCCGUGCGAUCUGGCAGAUGCGCUCCAGUGGCAGCCGCAUUUGCCGGCCGCGGCUCUGAGGCGCGCGGUGUCUUAUAAAGGGGAUAUGCUGCGACUGGACAUGUUCCUGUACAAGCUGGUGGUGCAGCGGCUGGCAGUGACGGUGGCAGUGGUUGGCGGGCCAGUGACGUUCCUCUCUGCGGGGCACAGGGGGCCGCAGCCAGUGCUGUUCAACCAGGGGCUGUACGGGACCACGGGGGAGAGGAGCCACUCUCCACCACAGGGCUGGCUUUCCGCCGCUCUGGACAAUCUCAUACGCGCCUUCCCCCCACGCCACCUCAAGCAGUGGCGCGCGCCCGGCCAAUCAAAGAGUGCUGUGGUGGCGGAGCCCUAUUGGCUCAUCAACCUGGGCCUGCCUCAUGGCAGCCUCGCCACGUGGGCGUCCUGUGAUGGAGCCACCUUUCUGCAGUCCCUGCCUGGUGACGUGGACCUGGUCAUCGCUGAGCUGGCGUUAUCUGACCAGGGCGAGGCCAAGGGGCAGGGCGCGGGCUCCUUCCUGCAGAUGUACGACUCUGUGCUGCAGCAGUUGCUGCUGCGCUGGGGGGGUGGGGCGCCUCAAAACCCUCCUCAGACGCGGCAGUGGCAGAAAGGGAGAGGAGGGCUGGAGGGAGUGAAGGCGGCAGCGGGGGCAGCGGUGGUUAUGGUGAAUUUCUUCUCCUUCUGCCGUGGCAACCAGGCAUGCAGACAGCAAGAGGACCCCUCUCUCUCCUUCGCUGACGUGGGUCCGUUCUCCUUCGGCCUGCCUCCCCACCACCCCGCCUACCCCCACCGGGCGCCAGAGGUGGUGUCAGAGGACAAUAUAACGGUGCUCGCUCAGUACUAUAGCCUCCCUGUGCUCUCCACAAGGGACGCCUUCUUUACCCUCCUGGGUCACCAGGCACCGGGUUAUCGGUUGAAAGACGUGGUCACCACAGGCCCCUCCAGCCUUCCACUGCACGUGGAGCCUGACACCCUUGCCUCCGCCAUUCCUCCUGCUGCUGCUGUAGCUGACGGUGCUGGCGAUUUCGAUGGCACUCUCCCCGUUGACUCCAUUGACCCGCAUGCCUUGUCUGGAGUCUUACCCACGGCACUGCAAGCGAAGACCAAGUACGCGGACGUCAUCACUGCUCUCUUCCACUCCGCACUCAAAGGCAAGUCGGCCUGCUCUCAGCAUCUAUCAAUCAUGGCUUUUGAUCCCCUUCAGUCCCCUCCACACCCCACAGGCCUGAUUAAGCGGCUGACAAAAAUCCACCCUCCUGCCCUCCCUGCUGCGCCCCCCGCCACCCUUCGUCUCAUCGACUGGCUUGCAGAGAUUCAUGAGGACAAUGCCACUCUCUCCCCCUCCUGUCGCCCCUGUUUCCAACCUCCUAACACUCUGUGUGACCUCUCCUCCACGCCCACAGGUCUCAUGGACCGACUGAGAGAGAUCCAUGAGGACAAUGCCACUCUCUCCUCCUCCUGUCGCCCCCGUUUCCAACCUCCUAACACUCUGUGUGACCUCUCCUCCACGCCCACAGGUCUAAUUGACCGGCUAGAAGAGAUCAACGCAGACAACGACACGCACUCCCUCCUGCCCUUUCUGCUGCGCCCCCCACCGCCCUUCUUCGCCCGCUGGCUCCACUCUACUGCCGCCUCUGCCUUCCUCCGCCCUGCCCUCCCCCAUGCCUGCUUCUCCUUCCGUCCCGGUGCCGUCGCCCCGCCUGUGCUGGGCCUCCAAGGCUUCAUUCUGCAGAGCAUUGGGCUGGAGCACGGGACGAAGGGAAGGGGUCGACCAGGACUGGUGGCUCUGGACGAUGAUUCAUGGGUGGAGUUUGUAAUCAACACAGCCAUCCCCCUUACAACAAGUUCCGGUACAAGCAACUUGCAGCCCAUCCAGCUCACGACAAUCCCGACCGUUGUUGAAAUUUCCUACCUCGCGCAUGCAAAUGGGUCGUCUAUAUUCGGCAAGCUACAGUGCGUGGAGGGUUGCAAGUGUACCGGCGUGGUGGUAACUGCACUCAGCGCAUCACCCGUCCCUUUGAAAGAGUCGCGGUUACUGCUGGUGUCACGGAACCAUGCAUGUGUGAUGAGAGUGCAGGGCAGCAGAGGGUUUCAUGUGUUGGGGGUUACUGUGCAUUCUGUGAUGCAGCAGCAGCAGGACCAGCAAACCCAUGCCAUGCGGCAAAUCAUGUAA